AAAGUCUUCUUCCAGCUCGUCACGAAAAUGAACUAUGACGUUUUCUAAAUAUCUGUGUACUUUAGUCAAGCUUCUCUUCUUUAAGCGGCACCUUGAGAGCAGUUAUGGCUUUCAGGAUAUGUGUGUAUACAAAAUGGUUUUCAUGAAGAAACUUCUCGCCUUAUUUUCUCUACUAUGGACCUACGUACAAUGUUGGCCACAAAGAGACCCAGGGCCUCUUCAAGUCUGCGGUGAUGCUUUUUAUCAAAAGUCCGAGUACACCUGCUAUGAAGGCGACUUCUUAUGUCCAGUCAUCGAUGGAGCCCCAACGUUACCUUGCGGACAGGAUUGCUACAAUUCAUCUAUGUAUUCAUGCAUUGGCGGACGUUUGACACUCAUACAGACCAAGAGCGAUCAUAGUUGCGACAAUUCGUCGAAUCAAUUCCACAUUAGUCAACCGCCAUAUGACAACUACUUUUACUCUGAUUGUCACACAGCGGCUCAAGUCGUAGUCAGUAGUCCUGUCAAUGGAAGCAAUCUUACGCUCAUUAGUCCACGUCUCAUCGUGGCAUGGCCUGGUGGUAACAGUGGGAUCGCAGCAUUCUGGAAACCUGAGAACGGUGUCAACGGAACUCUAAAAAUUGAGCUUGAUAAUCAGACCUCGAGUACUGGAGCCUUAUCCCCAAUCUACAAUAGUACUGGCAAGAGCAGUUAUCCGACUGUUGGCAUCUCAGGCUUUCUUAAAUUCAAUUCUACCGCUGUGCUCUCUGUUGCAAUUCUGGGAGGAAUCAGGACGAUACGCGAUUUCACCGAGGGCCCGAGCAUUUUGGUACCCGAAAUUCAAAAUGCCACAAAGUAUGACCUAAUUGACAAUGGCACAUUGAUUUUACAGAGGCUAUGGCUUGACAACCUGACGACAACAUCGUUGUCGUUCACACCGUUGCUUCCAGGAUCAAUAUCACUCUCUGGCAAUGUGGCUACCUUCGAAGCCGGACGGUAUCUUUUCACGGCAACUUACGACUAUCCACAGCUUAGUCAACUAAGUGCGAAAGAAGCACUUAGAAAUGCCUCGUGGGAUUUAAUCACCCAGGACCCCGACCAGACAUCUUCUCUAUCCUUCUUUUCGUACAAAUCAAAGCUUCUUGCUGGUGCAUGGCGCUUUCUCACGUACUUUGGACGGGAUUCUAUGCUUACACUUUUGCUUAUGCAACCUGUUCUUAGCGAAGGCGAAGGUGGCGCAAUUGAAGCUGUCAUUGCCUCCGUUCUUGAACGAAUCAACAGAACAGAUGGAAGUGCCUGCCAUGAAGAGACAAUUGGCGACUAUGCCACGUACUUGAAUGAGAAGGACAACAUUACAAGCACUCAACCUCAAUGUGAUUACAAAAUGAUAGACACAGACUACUAUCUUCCUGUUCUCAUUAAAAACUACUUUGUUGACACACCAACAGGUGUAAAUCGUUCAACCCCAUUCUUUCAAACCAUGGCAACUUCGGAUUUUGGCAAUGGGAACCUGACCUAUGCAGAUUUGGCGCUUAUCAAUGCUGAGAAAAUUAUGAACACGUCCGCGGCUUUUGCAGCGGAUGGUGGACAAGUUCGCGAAAACUUGAUCCAUCUAAAAGCUGGACAAUUGGUGGGCCAAUGGAGAGACUCAACGUAUGGCAUUGGGGGUGGGCGUGUGCCUUUCGACGUUAACACUGCUCUUGUCCCGGCAGCACUACGAUCUAUCAGUACUCUAGCAUCGCAUGGAUACUUUCCAACGCACCCCGAGUGGAAUAGAACUGCAGCCCUUUAUGCGCAGACAUGGGAAGAUGAAACAUUACAGUUUUUUGAGAUCAGUAUCCCACGAGAAGACGCUAUAGAUCUUGUUCAAAACUACACAACACAGUCCAAUUUUUCUGGGCCUUCCAACACAGGCAACAUCACAACUACGGUAAAUUUCUACGGACUUGCGCUUGAUGGGAACAAUAAUCAGUCUUUGGUUAAAGUUAUGAAUACAGACGAUUGUUUCCGACAUUUCCUUUUGAACACCACCAAUCAAACUCAGCUUAGCCGCUUCCUAUCCUCUACUGCCGAUCAUGUCUUACAGCCAUUUCCGGUUGGGCUUUCCACCCCCGUCGGCCUGUUGAUAGCGAAUCCUGCAUAUGGCGGGGAUCCUGUAUACGCGCAAAACUUCACAAACAAUGCAUACCAAGGCACUGUUGUAUGGAGUUGGCAGAUGGCAAUGAUGGCUGCAGGCUUGGAGAGACAGUUGUAUCGCUGUAGAGAGAGUGCUGAUCUGCCUGAUUUCUGUGCUGAUAUACCGUUGAGAACCAAGAUUUCAACAGCUUAUAACCACCUUUGGGAUUUAAUUGAAGCGAACAAAGACCAGUUAAGUGAGGAAAUGUGGACUUGGGUUUACGAAAACGACGAGUUCGUCUUAACGCAGCUGGGCGAUCUGCCACCGGCGCCAGGCGCAACGUACACUGAAAGCGAUGUACGGCAGCUCUGGAGUUUGACUUUCUUGUCGGUGACGCGCAACAAAAAUUUAACUUAACAUGAUAUAAUCAUGCUGAUUGAGGGAAGGUUAUUGUACAUUGAUCUAGCCCUCUACAAAUGAAACUCUGGCU